CGACCGUAAUGUUUGACAUCAACAUAGUAUGGCUAUACGGGUCAAUCUACACAUAUAAAACGAAUUCUGAAGUUUCAGCAUACGUUAGUAAUUAUAAAAUUUCUAAACUUUCAGAUUUGGUGAUAACAAAAAAACAUUUUCACCGCGCAUCAAUAACAAAGACAGUAUAUAAGCAAAUAUUACAUGGAUCAUGCGGCCCCAAAGCUGCAUAGUCCGCGAUCCGCUGGCGCUAGUGCUGCGCAUCAUGCGAGUGCUCUCACUGGCGCCAGUCACCAUCGCACGGGAGCGCGGCGGAUACCGCAUUCGAGUCUCCAAACGUUACGCGUACGUGGGGUAUACCUUCAUCCUUAUAUUGAACGCGUUGCAUGCUGUUUGCGUAUGGUUUGAAAUAAAUUUUAAUAGAAUACAUUAUAGCGAAGUUCGCACACAGUUGCCUCUAUUGUCGUUUGUUGCGCUGUCGAACAUCUUGGUAGUGACCAUCAUUACCUUGCACGCAUCGUUGUUCAGUCUGUCAAAAAUGAACAAUUUGAUAGAACAAGUGUAUUAUAUGGACAAGAUAAUCCCUUCGACUGAAAAAAAAGAAGAUGUCAAAAAACAGAAAGGACUGAUCAUAUUGAUCUUUACGUACAAAUUUGUAAUAGAUGGAAUAAAUCUUUAUCACAGCGUUUUUAACAUGCGUUACCCUGACGUAAUUGUUUAUGGGUUAAUUCUAUCUCGCUUUAAAUAUGCGUUGGUGCGUUUGGUACAAAUAUAUAUUUAUGUAAUAUACGAAGAAAUUUUGUCCAAAAUACGUACCGUGCGACAAGAGUUACAGGACUUGGCUGACUUGCUGGAAUUUGAAUUUGAGCCAUCAUCAGCGUUCACUCGAUCAGCCAAUGCGAGUCUUCGAAUGAUUGGAGAAAAAUUGGAUUUUCUAAGAGAAAUAUUCACGAAGAUGAACCAAUGCAACGAAUAUGCGGUGUUUUUUGCUUACAUAUGCAUUCUUUCCUGGACUAUACAAAGUGCAUUUGAUUUUGUUUUGUAUAGACCACAAGACGUUCCUGUAGUUAUUUUUUUGGACAUCUUAAUUGUGAUGCAUAUUACGUUUACCAUGGCAGUCAUGAUCGAGCCCUUCCGAGGAAUUAAUCUUGAGGUGCAAACAAUAAAAUUGCAAGUCGCCCGCAUGGCCACAACUGACUACGUAACCGACUCCAUUCCAGCGCCGCUGGAUAUGCUCUACGACGAGUUGUCCACUAUGGAUAUGACGUUUUCUCCACUCGGCAUCUUUACUAUGCGUCGGUCUUUGUUAAUUAAGACUCUUGGUGCUGCAGUCACUUAUCUCAUUAUUGUUGUUCAAUUCAAAGUUACUUAAAGGAAGAACUGAAUACAUUAUAUUCAUUUGCUAAAUUUAAAUUGACCUAGAUUUCUAGAGGUUAUAGUGUUAAAGUGUUAAUAAUUGCAAAUUUAGAAUACUAUAAUAUUAUUUAAAAUAAUUAAUCACCAAAUAAGCAAGUCAGUUAGGAUUGGCUUUGAUAUUAUAAAUAACUUCAUGUGUAGUUUAAAUGAUUCUGUCACAGUUAUAUUACCAAAAAAUGACAUAAAUUAAUAGUAUUUUCUUGUAUUUGAUUUAACGUGAGUAUAACACAUUUAGAAAUUAAAA